GGAUACGUUCUUUCGGAUGAACAUCGAGUACCAGUUCACGAGGGGUGCUCGAGAGCAGUCGCUGAGCAAGGAUGUCAUGCGCCGGCGAAAGGUUCUCGCGCCAACCCUCGACCCCCGACUUUACCCGGAUUCUCGCUUACAAGACUGCAUUCGAAUGCUGGAUGGAAAUGGAUGUUUCUCAUGGUCACCACUCAUGAUACGGAUUCGGGACUUGAGUCCACGAAGACACUUUCUCACAGCGCUUGGAGCGAAAACGAGAUACGAUAUGACGGAUGGAAGUCUCUAAUAUCCAGUAAAGUCAGCGUGCAAACUAAGACGAAGGAUUGCACCACUUCGUCCACUUCCGGGGGAUUCCAACUCCCGUCUUUCCUCUCUCUCUUUCUUUCUAUGAAAUACGACGAUGAUUCCAUCGGCAGCGGGCGUCGCGACGAUUUCUCGAAGGGAAACGCGUGGAAGGAUGACGCAAAUAAAUCGCGUUGCAAAAUGGACCGGGGCGACGUUAUAGCGGUCGACGUCACGCAUCGGCGAGUGUCAAAACACCGUGGAGGAGUCCGCAGCUCUUACUACGAUGCAUUAAAGGGAACCGAGUUAAUGGACAAACGAGAUCGGCCAUUCAAAGGCGGCUCAAUAGCAGUCGUAUCUCUAGUGUAUCGAAGGUCGAUUCUUUUUCCGAGCAAGACCGAGGUCUCGAAUGCGCGGUCUGGGAAUCGUACGGAGCUUUACAUUGCCAUGUAUAUGUAA